GGAAGUGCAGAAGGUGCAACCACUGCUGGAGCUCAACACAGCUUUGGUGGAAUCUGUUUGAUGUAGCCCGCCACUUUUUACAGUCUGCUCUACCUUCCUGCAGCGCUACUCUGGGUCUCUCUCCACCAUGCCAGCCCUGAUUACUGCACUGACCCAUGGAGUGAUUUUCGGAGGAUCCUCAGCGACAUGACAGGGGCGGGGGCCCAGCAGGGACGGAUGGAGCGGUGCGGCGCCUGAUUGGGAACCGGAGCAGGGCGAGCGGGCAACGAAACCUCGCUCAGCAGCCUCCCAGUGAACACAGCAUCAACAGGACCGAACAGCUUCGGAGACCAACAGGGAAUCCAGUAGCCUAGUGAGAUGAUCUACACAGAGCUUCCUGAUGGACACUGCGUUUUCUGUUUCAUGGAAACUUUCUGCUUAAAAGUAAUAACGAUGAGUAAUCCCCAAGUUUACAGAAUGUACCGGUAAUCUGAUUACGUCUAUUUUCCUGUACUGUAACGGAAUACUUUUUUGUAUCCUGAUUAUGUAACGUGCAUGUACAUGUAAUCCAUUACUCCCCAACCCUGUAUAUACAUAUAUAUAUAUAUAUACAGAGACAGAAAGAGAGAGAGAUUAAGAGAAUGGAUAUAUCGACUUCCCCAUGACAACUAGGCUACUUUUUCUAUAUUCAAUCAAAAAGACAACUGUCAAAAAUUCUUUCUCAUGUUACUAUGGCAUGGAGCUUUAGCAAAUGAAGACAAUAGAGAGGCAGACAUGAGAAGUGAAGGUACCCUUGUUGGGGCACUGGAGAAGUGACAAAAUGGGGGAGCUUCCGCCUGCUUCUUCUUCAGUUCAAACUACAAACAAACCCUCAGCUGAUCAUAUUAUUGUUUUUCUGUUUACAUCAGAAAAUUAUCUAAUGGAUACUCCUGAAAGCCCUAUCCAGUCCCCUCAGUCUCCUGAGGAGGAGGAGAAGGGUCUUUCUGACAGUGAGCUCCUAGAUUCUCCUGAUGAAGAGGAGGACGGGGUCAUCUCAGACAGCGAGUUAGUCCAUGGAGAGGAGAAUGGGGCCCUGGGUGAGGAGGACGAUGAGGAAGAGGCGGUGGAAAGCAGAGGAAGAGGUUUGGAGUUAGAGGAGGAGAGGGAAGAAGAGGAUGAGGUGGUCCCUGACUUUGUCUCUGACCCAGAGGAUGAGGAGCCUGUAGGAGAAACAGAAGGAAUGGGCCUGAACGAUGGGACCAUUAUCCUGGGGGGUGAAGACGGUCCACACGGGGACCACUUAGAAGGGGAGGAUGAGCGAGAAGGAGAAGAUCAAGAGGAUAGAGUCAUUGACACCCCACAGUCUCCAGACUCAGAGCCAGAACAGGGCAAGAACUUCAUUACUGAAGAGGACGGAGAAGAUGGGGAAGGAGGAUAUAGUGACUACAGAAAGGAUGCCUCAUUAGAGCUUGAAACAGCUGAUUUGGAUGAUGAGGAGGAGGAGGAGGAAGACAAAAGCAAGGCCAAGGAAAAAGAGGAUGAAAGGAUGAGAGCUGAGGAAGAGGACAGGAGGAGAGCUGUCGUGGUGAGAGAGAUGAAGGAUGACUCAGCAUCUGUUUCACGGGAGCUGGACGAGCACGAACUGGAUUACGAUGAGGAGGUCCCAGAGGAGCCCAGUAUCCCUGUACAUGAGGAAGAUGAAGAUGAAGAAGACCCAAAAGCAGAGGGAGAAGAAGAGGAUGAGAGUGAAGACAAGAUCAGUAAGAAGAAGGAGAAGAAACCAAUCCUUCCCCCCUCUCCUAAAGACAGUUUGAAGAGGACAGACAACUCCAAAGGGCCUGAGAGGAUGCGCAGAGAUUCCUUCCGAGACAAGAAGAAGGAUGAAGAUGAUGGAGAGAUUGACGAAGGAGAGAUUGAUGAUGAUGACCUGGAGGAGGGGGAGGUCAAAGAUCCCUCAGACAGGAAGAUCAGACCACGUCCUAUCUGCAGGUUCUUCAUCAAAGGAAAUUGUACUUGGGGUAUGAACUGUAGGUUCAUCCAUCCCGGAGUUAAUGACAAAGGUAACUAUUCCCUCAUCACAAAACCAGACCUCUUCUCACCUAAUGGAGCGCCUCCUGGAGGACCACACCCUCUCAUCCCCAAUAAUCCCUGGGCUGGACCUACAGUGGAGGAGCUCCCUCCACCACCUCCUCCAGUGGAGCCUCCUGUGGAGAGUGCCUGGGAGAGAGGUCUCAGGCAUGCCAAAGAGGUUCUGAAAAAGGCCACCAUCCGUAAGGAGCAGGAGCCAGACUUUGAGGAGAAGCGUUUCAAUGUGACCAUCGGAGAGGACGAGAGAGAAUUUGACAAAGAGAAUGAUUUCUUCAGAGAACGCAGCUACCGCAUCAUCAGAGAUGAAAUGGACUUCAGAGAUCCUAUAUAUGGUGACCCAUAUGCUGAUCCAUACUAUGACUAUGAAAUGGAGGCCCUAUGGCGAGGUGGCCAGUAUGAAAACUUCAGAGUGCAGUACACAGAAGCUCCCCUUCCGUACUACAGUGAGCGUGAACGCGAUCACGACCCUCGGGAGCGUCACCGGGACCGAGAGAGGGAGAGAGAUCACCGCGAGAGGGAGCGCCGGCAGAGAGAGAGGGAGAGGGAAAGGGAGCGGGAGCGAGAGAAGGAGAGGAUGAGGCGAAAAGAAGAGUGGGAGCGGGACCGCAUGAAGAGGGACGAGAAGGAGAGGCCGAGGAUGCGUCCUCCUCGAGACACCAGGGAGAAGAAAGAAGAGGACAAACUGAAACCACGCUCUCCCCUCAGCCUACCACCAAACAGACCGAUGGAGCCUCCGUCAAAGAAGGAGGUUGUUCCAGUCAUGAGGCGACCUGAUGAGUGGAAGGACCCGUGGCGUCGGUCUAAAUCCCCCAGGAGACGCCCCGGGCUGGGCUCCCCACCACGAGGCCGCCGGCGACACCGGCCCUCAGGCUCCUCCGUCUCUUUGUCAAACUCCUCCAGGUCUUCAUCUCGCUCUUCAUCCUACACAGGCUCUGGGUCGUCUCAUUCUCGCAGCCGCUCUUCCUCAUUCAGCUCCUACUCUAGCCACUCCUCCCAGCGGAGCUCCUUCAGUGGAAGCCGAUCUAGGUCUCGGUCAUUCUCCACAACUCCCUCACCGAGUCCAGCACAAAGGAUUGCUAAGAACAAACCAGACCUUCCUCCUGCAUUACCUAAAGGCAUGCCGCUGAAGCCGGGUGCCAUGCCCCCUCCUCGCAGGGACAAGCCUCCCAUGAAGAAAGCUCCCAGUCCUCCGCCACCUGGUGGACUGCAGGGCAGGCCUUCCAAACCCAUGCCAGAGGUAGGGAAGCCUCCCGCCAAUCCCCGGGAGCCUGGAGCUGCAGGCGGCGGAGUAGGUGGCGGUGGAGCGGGGAGACCACUGCCACCACGGGAACCUGGAAAACCUCCCACUCCAAGGGAAGAUAGGCGGAAAGAACGGCUGCAGCGUCCUCCUCGGAGGCGAACUGUGAGUGGGAGUGUUAGUGGAAGUGGUAGCAGUUAUAGUGGUUCUAGCUCCAGAUCCAGAUCCUCCUCCAACUCCCUCUCUCGCUCUGGAUCCAGAAAAUCCAGGAAAUCCAGAUCGCUGAGCGUGAGCAGCGUUUCAUCCGUGUCAUCAGCGUCGUCCAGCAGCAGCUCUGUUCGUAGUGCAGACUCGGAUGACAUGUAUGCUGAUCUGGCCAGCCCAGUGUCCUCUGCCAGCUCCCGUUCUCCCACACCAAAUCACCCCCGCAAGGAGCGAGGAGGGCCUGCGCGGGACCGGCCUCCACAUGGCAGAGACAAAAACAGGGAGAGACCAUCAAAGAAAGAUGAACCCUUUAGGGAGGACCGCAGGAAAAUUGACCAAUCUGAUGCCCCACCUCGAGGAGGCAACCCCAUACCCAGAUCAGGACCUGGUAGCAGGGGUGGCCACCCUGUGCAUCCCCCACCCGGCACCAUGGGCCCCCCAGGAAGCUAUGGAGGUUCAGGUUCCCACAAAGAUAUCAAACUCACCCUGCUCAACAAGCGACCUCGAGUCCUGCAAAGGUCAUGGGACAGCAGAGGUUCUUCGGGGAAAGCUUAUCAGUUCUCGGGACAGAGCUUGUUGAUGACUCAAAGGCCAACAUUCAGAGAGCAGCAGGGAGAUAAGGGCAACAGGAAGAGAUACAUGCCUUCAGACAAAGACAGGCCAAGUUCCCCCCCCAGCAAGAGAAUGACCAUGUCUCCAGACAGAGGCCGUGAUAAAAGAAUACCUGGCAGACCCCCGCUUUCCCCUCGAAUGGAUCGGCCCAGAGGCCAAGGGCCCCGACCAAUGCCCCCCCAGGGAGACAGAAAACGUCCUCUGUCACCACCACCUAAGUCGUCUGGGAAAGGCCCAGUUGCGCCAUCAGGCAAGCCGGCCACCCCGAACUUCCCUUCAGCCACUGGCUCGGGCUCAGGCUCAGGCUCAGGCUCGGGCUCCAACAAACCCAGCAACACACUGUCCCGCCGUGAGGAGCUGCUGAAACAGCUUAAGGCUGUGGAGGACGCCAUCGCCCGGAAACGAGCAAAGAUCCCCACCAAAUAAACGGAAGCCUGUUCCUCACCUGUUCGCCUGCCAGUCUGUCUGUCUGCCUGCCUGCCUGCGUGGCCUCGUGAGCCGGGGCAACAGUGAGGGUCAUGGGAUGGAGCGUUUUUUCCCUGCCUUCAAUGGACAUGUAAAAAUGUUGUUUGGUUCAUGUAUAAAGGCUAUUGUGUAAGUGAACAGGAAGUGGCUGCCACAAAAACCAUCUUCUGCUUGUUUGCCCCGACAGAGGUUUGCCUCUGCUCCAUUCUAGAGGGUUGUUCACUCCCACAUGCCCGAGUUUAGCUCCCCUUAAAAGUCUUUGAUUACCUCAUCAACGAGAAACAGGAGGAAAUGUUUGGGCAUCUGGUGAGGGAGGGACGUCUCAGGAAUGGAGUGUACUUUGUGUAGACUUCACAGUACAGAAACAGAAGGGUAGUAAGGUGCAUUUGAUCACUUGCUGCUUACUCUGUUCAUUCAGUGAAAAGGAAGCAUCUUCCUUAUGUGGUGUGAUGAGUAACAGAUUUAUACACAUUGACUCCUACUUUGUCUGUUUUUCUCUGCCCCCUUUUAUCUUGUUCUCUCUUGCAUCUUUUCUUUUUUUCCCCCCCCUUCAGUGUGGAUUGGUGUGACUGAAUCAGUUCCACAGGGUACUGACAGCAUACAGGGCUUCACAACGCUUCUGUGUAUAAAUCUCCAAAUUAUUGAGCAUCUGUAUUCGGGCCCCUGUAAGUGAUCAUGAGCCCAUGCUUUGUUCAAAGCGGAUCCAUCUUUAACCAAUGACUCGUCUACGUUCUGUGUUUUAGGACAGUGUUCACUGUCACAUCUUGUACAAUAGUAGCAAGUCAUCAGAUUCUUUCAAGCGUAUGGUUAUAGACAGUGAUGUGAAGUAUUGCUUUUUUUAAUUUACAGCAUUUUGUUUUCUUCUUAGCUCUUCUCUAGUGAUAAACCGAUGUAUUAUUUGUCACAUUUUAGUUGGGAGUAUGAGAGGUGGAACGGGGACACUUAGAGACAAGAUAUGUCUUGCUUUUGUGACAAAAGCCUUCUAAAUAAACUAUUUUGAUAAAGAGGA